AUUGUCAUAUGACUGAUUCUAUAGCAAUACAACCCUUUGACUGUUACCUACAAGAUUUCACUGGUUCGUUAGAAAUGUAUUGUAUUACGGAGAGCUGAUUGUUGAUUUUGGCGUGGUGUAGCCUACAAGGAAAUCCGGUAGUAUUUGACCAUCGGACCUAUAUAGUUAGAGGUGAGCUCUGUGUAAUGGAUAUGCUUGCGUGGUGUUUUCGAGGAGGAUUGCUCGUCUAAUCACAUCGGAGCAAUGAUAGCACAGCUUGAUAAGUGAGAGUCGGAGGACGCUAUCGCCCUAUGAGUAAAGCCUUGGGCCCAGUCGACAUAUUCUUAUGUUAUAUAUAUUAGCAUAAUCACUACCUCAUUCAUGCUGCGGCGACGGUCAACUGAUUGGUUAACAACUAAACUGACCUGAGGCGUUUGACGUUUGGCAAUUCCAAGACAUGGAGGGGGGAAGAUAUGGUUAUUCGCGGGAGUAUUUUGACCGCUUUGUUCAGAGCCAAGACUCAUCUGUAGUCAACAAGUUCCAGCAGAAAUACUGGAAAACCAAACAAACGCUCAUCAAAGUUACAGGGAAGAAAGAGGAUGAGCAUGUUGUCGCUUCAGAUGCAGACCUGGACGCUAAACUUGAGGUGUUUCACUCUAUCCAGAGAACAUGCAUGGAGCUUCUCAAGGUGAUCGAGCAGUACCAGAGGAGAAUCUGUAUGCUGUCUCAGGAAGAGAAUGAGCUGGGGCGCUUCCUACGCUCACAGGGCUCCCAGGACAAAACCAGGGCUGGGAAGAUCAUGCAGGCCACAGGGAAAGCUCUGUGUUUUUCCUCCCAGCAACGAAUGGCACUACGUAGCCCGCUGUGUCGCCUCUACCAGGAAGUGGAAACAUUCCGAUACCGGGCCAUCUCAGACACAUGGCUCACGGUGAACCGAAUGGAGCAAUCCAGAACCGAAUAUCGAGGAGCUCUGCUGUGGAUGAAGGAUGUGUCCCAGGAGCUGGACCCUGACACACACAAACAAAUGGAAAAGUUCCGGAAGGUCCAGGCACAGGUGCGACUGACCAAGACAGGUUUUGACAAACUGAAGAAUGAUGUCUGUCAGAAAGUGGAUUUACUGGGAGCUAGUCGAUGCAACCUUCUGUCCUAUGUCUUAACAACCUACCAGACCACUUUGUUGCACUCCUGGGAGAAAACCUCCCAUACUAUGGCAGCCAUUCAUGAGAGCUUCAAAGGCUUCCAGCAUUAUGAGUUCUCAACACUAAAGACUCUUCAGGACCCCAUGGAUAAGCUGUCCAAUCAUGGAUCAAAGAAGAAAGGGAAGAAGAGAGCCAGAGUCAAGGCCGAGGAAGGGGGGGCCAAUCAGACUGCAGAGGACCUGCUUGUUUCGGUAGAUGACGAGAAUCAUAAUGAGGACAAACGACAAACAGCUAAAAAUUCCUAUGAUGAUAUAUACGAUAGUAAAGACAUCACAGGUGUGGAUGAUCUGCUGUCUGACGCUCCAAAUGACAGUAUGGCCCUGCUGAACGAGAUCCUCAACAGCGCCUCCCUGGAGGAGAGCGACUUCUCCCGUGAGUGGAGGGAGGUGUUUGGCGAGGGGGAAGUGACCGACAGCCCUUCUAAAGAGGGACAGUCCCAGUCCGAGGACCCCCCCUCCUUCUUCCUCCCGUCCUACCUGCUGGACCAGAACAUGAACGGCCUCCAGUCCUCCGCCUCAGAUUGGCCCACGGACAUUCCACAGCCUGUCUCCACGGCAGCGGAGCAAUCAUCUGGAGCCAAUCAGAACUUCUCCAGGCCAGCAGUGAGAGAAAUGCCUGAAAGCUCCAAGGACCUCUCAGCCUGGUUCAACCUCUUUGCUGAUCUGGACCCCCUGGCAAACCCAGAUGCAAUCGGGAGAACAGACAAGGAGCAUGAGCUGCACAACGCCUAGCUGCUUCCUCACAAGGCCCUGGCUUGACUGAUUAGUCAGUCUGUGUUAAGGUGGCAUACAUGAACGAUAACCCUGUCAAGACAAACUUAACCCAACCCUGCUGUUUCCUAGAUGUUCGGAGACAUUGUUUUUUUUGUGUAAGUGUUCGAUAAGACGAGAAAGUGCAGGUGUUGUGAUCAGCCAAAGGAUGAUACUCUUCUGCUAAAUGAAAUGUUGUCUGUCUUGCGUCUUGUUUCUUUGUGCCAUUUCUCUUGUUUCUACUUAAAGGUAUGCAGGAUGUAGUCUUAAGCCAUCAUUAUUUAAAGACAGUCGAGAAUAAGUUGGAAAGUUUUGAUUUAAGUCAAUUUUGUUUGUGUUCUAGAUAUACCGCAUGCCUGAUGUUAUAGUUCACAUUUUAAUUCUAUUUGAGACACUGAGAUUUACACAACAGACUAAGAAAUUGCCAUUUUCGGGUCAGAUAUCUUGCAUAUUAUACUAUCCUGCAAACAUAGAUGUAGUCAGCACAUGUACAGUGUGCCCUGUCUGUGAGAUGGGAUAGACAUCCAUGUUGGACUGGAACUGACUGCGCUGGCAGCAACCCCAUGGGCACGAUGCACCAGUCAGCCCACUCCUUUGACCACUAUAUAUUCUUCCAGUUGCUCCGGGGGGACACUGACAAACAGAGCCAUAUGUGUGUAAUUAUGGGGUUUAUGGACAAAAUAAGCCCAUUAUCAAAUAGUUUAAACCCACUUUGUUUUUAAACUUGAACAAAGCUAAAUGAUUUAAACAGCUGCUGUGCUAUAUAUGUAUGCCUUAAAGUUGUGACUGAUGGCUUGACCAAAUACGAGUUGGAUACAUCAAAUUCACUGACUAAAAAUGGAUUUUAGUUAGGCUCUCUUUCAUCAGUUUAGCAGGAGCUUAUGUAAGUGCCGUUAACUAAGCAGAUUAGUCAUGGAUGUUCAAUUUAUAUUGACAAAUAACCACAUAUUUUUAUUGCUGUCUAUGUGCAAUACUUUACUGUCAUAACCAAUCAUUGUUGAGACUGUUUGUGCAUGUCAUCAAAGAUUGUAUGAAAUGGUAAUAAAUAAAGUUAUGAAACAG